UAUAAGUGAGGAGCAAGCUGUCAAGUGGUGUCAGUUCCACGCCACCCUGGAAUGGGUCCCGCACACACUAUCCCUCCACGCCUCGGACCUACCAGAUCUCCAGAGCCCUGAAAGCAAGCUCUGGCCCUCUGAGCCUCUGGACGUGACCGUGAUUGUGGAUAGUAGGCACGAAGGAGAUCGGAGUAGGAAAUGGAAAGCUGCAGAGAGAAAACCUACCUCAGCACGGGAUCCCGCCUGCAAUAACUUCUUUGCUACUAAAUUCUCCAUCAAACCCCCCUCCCGCCAAUCCCCAAUACUUCAGGUACCGAGCCAAAAGCCUUCUUGGACUGUCUCACAGCCGCCCCAUACGUGAUGCAAGGUGAGACAACUCUGGGCCGGCCCUCAAAACUUAAAGAACCCUGUGGAUUGUGGCUUCGAGACUGUUACUGAGCUUCCUUCGCGCUUGGUACCUCGGGUUCCCCUUAGAGAGCGAGUUGUAAGGUAACUUUCCCCAAGCCCGGCCGCUUUGUACCGGCCAGGGCUGCUCCUCUUGCCCCAGCACCCUCUGCCACAGACAGGCCCCGAGCGCCUGGGCCCGGGCCCCCAUUUCUCCUCCAGGGGAGCUGGGUGGCCAAGGCCCGGCCCAGGGGAUGACUGAGGAGAGGCGGCAUUCUCCCCAGCGAGACCGCCCCGAAGACAGGGGCCUGCAGCAUCCGCCCACGCCAGUGGCCGAGGCUGCGGGCAGGAGCCUCCCCCUGAUGCCGGUAGUGAAGGUAGAGAAGGAGCCCGCUGCCUGUGAGCCUUCGGGGGGCCUCAGCGAGCUGGGGGAGCCGGUGGCGAAGGCGGGCGGCGGCGGCGGGCGCAGGAGGAAGAGGCCCCUACAGCGAGGUAAGCCCCCUUACAGCUACAUCGCUCUCAUCGCCAUGGCCAUCGCGCACGCCCCGGAUAGGAAGCUGACCCUGGGAGGCAUUUACAAGUUCAUCACGGAGCGCUUCCCUUUCUACCGGGACAACCCCAAAAAGUGGCAGAACAGUAUCCGUCACAACCUCACCCUGAAUGACUGUUUUAUCAAGAUUCCCCGGGAGCCGGGUCGCCCGGGCAAGGGCAAUUACUGGGCGCUGGACCCCAACGCCGAGGACAUGUUCGAGAGCGGCAGUUUUCUGCGCCGGAGGAAGAGGUUCAAGCGCACAGACCUCUCCACCUACCCGGCUUACAUGCACGACGCAGCGGCGGCGGCCGCCGCGGCGGCCGCGGCGGGCAUGUUCCCCAGCUCCGUGCCAGUGGCGCGCCCUCCCUACCCUGGCUCCGUGUAUCCCAACGUGGCGGCCGCCAUGAGCCCAGCGGGCUAUGGCCAAACGCUGGGCCCCCACUCCUCCGUCUACUACCCGGCGUCGUCCCCUGGCCAAUGCCGGGUAUUCAGCAUCAACAGCCUGGUGCACAGUCCUGGAGAGCUCCUGCAGCAGCAGCCUGCGCCGCCGCCCGCGCUCGGACGCGCGCUUAGCCCGGAACUCAGCCAGGCACCCUCGGUCGCCGCAGGCUCCUGCUCCUUCGGGGCCUCAGCCGCCGCGGCCGCUGCCUCCUAUAGCAACCCGGCGUGCAGCGGAGGAGGCGGAGGUGGUAGCGGAGCCGGGCCCGCGGGCGUGCUGCCUCGGCCGUCCAACCCCAUGGCCUACACCUAUCCGGUUCCCAACGGCCACCUGCCCAUGAACCACGGGUCAUAUCCUCAGGGAAACAGCAGCCAGCUGUUUGGGGCGUCCAGCAGGCUGGCAAUGUCCACCUCCCCCUCGGGGGCCAACGACCCUGUGGACUUCUAUGGCCGCAUGUCCCCAGGCCAGAUCAGUUCGCUGGCGCACAGCUACAAUCCGGGCGGGCAGCUCGGGGCCGGCCCCAACGCCUACCACGUCCGGCACUCUGCCUACUCCAGCAAUGUGGAAAGGUUCGUGUCGGCCAUGUGAAAAAAAAAAAACCCACCACCCCCAGCCACCAAGAGAAAUUGGAGCGACACGGACCCCACUCCUACUCCAUCGGGCAAAAGGUGCCCUGGCGGCCAGGCCUGAGCGGUGGGGUUGUGGAGGACCAGGAGGAAGGUAGAAAUAACUCAAACUGUGCAAUAGGGAGAAAAAAAAAACGGUUGGGAGUCUGUGUGUUGGGAUGAGGGGUACCUGAGGGAGAGAGGGGGCAUGGCGAGCAUUGCCUCGCGGCAUUGUCCCAGUGAGGCAAGGGCCUCCACUAAAGGUUGCCCCAGAGUAUCCCGCCCUUGCGCAGCGCCCAGCUAAUUACAGCUUAAUGUGCUCCAUCACUAUUCCUGUGCCCUCAUUGGUACAGAAUUCUUUCAUGGGGCUCUAGAAAGACGAAAUGCUCAGGGUGCUCUUCGUGAAUGAGGGCAGAAGGCGCGGGGUGCAGGGAGAAUCCGACCAGGCAACUGGAAGGGGAUCAAAGACACUGGGUCCAACCUGCAACGUUCUCCCAGGUGCCUGUUUGCUUGGAGAGCAGUUCCCUGGGAAGCUGUUGGUCAACAGGCUGCUCAGGAGCAUCAGCCGAAGGGAGACGUGCAGCCUGUUGCUUUGUUUUAUUUUGUUCUAAUGGCUUUCUUGCCUUUUCACCCAGGUGGUUUGUGACAUGAAUUCAUUCCAGCAAACAAACAAUUGGCUGCUUCCUUCGAACUUUCUUUGUAUACCCGGAACAACGGGCAUUUUCAUACGGUGUCUGCUCCUCGUG